GUGUCAGCAACUAGCAUAAGUGUGCUCUGCUCUGCUGCAACUCUUAGCCCUUCUCCCAAUUUUCUUUUCCCAAAUCUCGUGUUGUUACCUGUCAAACACACUCUCUCCCUGACCCCGUCCAUGUCGUCCUCUAAAGUUAAUGAAGUCUGGGACUUGGAAGAUGUUUGGUUCGGCCUAACAAGCUCUGCAGAGCGGAGAAAACUGCAGAAUCGGCUCAACCAACGGGCCUACAGGAGAAGAAGACACCACAGAAAUCUGGCCGCAGUACAGGAGUCUGUGGGAUGUACCCAAGCCAUCAAUCCAAAGUCAGCAAGGUCUUUCAGUACACAGGCCGGUUGCGUCGAACGGCACUCUGUGCAUGUCAACAAACUUGCGGAGCGCCCUAUGUUUCUGCUACUUAAGUGGCCGAACUUACGGCGUGAUGCCUUGGAAUUCUUGCAGAGAGCCACUACAAACUGGAGCCUCAACUUACCCCAACCACGGGAUCUACCAAGCUUGUCACGACUGAAUGCCUUCGAUGCUCUCGCUCGCAACGCUAUGGUGCUACGUAUCCCUCAUGAGUAUCUUGAGACAGAUGAGCACCACUCACUAUUCAAUUACCACGGCCCUGUUGUUCAUUCUUCUAAAGCACCUCUGCCUCCAAGCCUAUGCCCAACAGAGCUCCAGAAAGCUAUCGUUCAUCACUCUUGGCUCGAUAUUUUCCCUUUCCCUAAUCUAAGAAACAACAUCCUCCGUGGCAUCCAGCUAGGCCAACUUGAGGAGGAUGAGCUCUGUGAUAGGCUUUGUUGUGAUUUACUAAGUUUCAAUGAGGACUCCAUCCCAUCCCUGCUGAUCUGGGGGGACUCGUGGGAUGCAGCGGGAUGGGAAUUCAGUCCUCAGUUCUUUGAGGAGUGGGGGUUUUUACUCGAAGGAUGUCCUGAGCUGAUACAGGCAACAAAUUAUUGGAGGGAAGUACGCGGGGAAUUGAAAAUUGAAUUUGACUCAAACUAGAUGGCUUUCUCCUUUAUUACAGUCUCUAUUUUAAUC